AUGCGCUUCGUCCUCCUCCCAAUCUCUACGAAACGGACGCUCCUCUACUGUAUACGCAACAGCGAGGCGACGAAGCCGCGCAACAGUCUCGUCGACAAGGUUACCGCAAGGGCUGCUAACGUCUGGGCCGGCUGGGAGCGAAAAGAGAGUGGGUGGCAGCGCAAGGUCGUCGACUACGGAAACCAUGCUCUGAGGCGGAUACCUUUCCAGGAAUGGGGGCUUAAAUCCGUACCGCCGCUGUCUUCGCGGCGCCAGAAGGAGCUGCUGAGCAGCGGGGAAAAGGUCGAGCUUAGCUUUCCCCCUUCCGUCAUACCCCCGGAUAAGGCGGAAAAGGUUCUACAUACAUUGGGCACGGAGAGGGAGGCGCUGCACCGCAUGAGACUUAUGUGGUGUUUUAUCGGGAUGCCCAUAACUGCCCCCAUCGCCUUAAUUCCUGUUGUGCCCAAUAUUCCAUUCUUCUACCUGGUAUAUCGCUCCUGGUCCCACUGGAGGGCUAUCAAAGGCGGGCAGCAUGUUCAGUUUCUGCUGAAGAACAAGCUCCUAACCGUCGCUCCUUCAUCCAUAUUAGAUGAAGUAUACACGGCGCCUAGGCUCCCAGGAACUUCCUCAAAAGAGACCCAGCAGUCCAAGUCGGAAGCGACUGAGAAGGAUACCGACACGCAAUCAGCCGAGCCUGCUGGCAAGGUGUUACUAUGCCAUGACACGGUGACCAAGUUGAGUAAAGCCUUGGAACACCCCGAGAUUGAGGCCGAACUCGAGCGGGCAAUAUGGCAAGUGGAGCAGAGCAAUAAAUCGGACAAGCCCUCGAGCACCGACUCUAACAAGGGGUCUAAGGAGUCCUGA